AUGCUGCUCAAGCUUAGUGGACGCGCGAGAAGCCAAGAGGCCCAGCGGCCCUGUGUAGAGAAGGAAGUGGUCGAUCGCUACGCACGGGUGAUAAAAUUGUGUGGAGUCUCCAAGAAUCUCUCGCAAGCCACACAGCUCCACCGGGAAAUCCUUCUCCAGGGACUAGAUGGCAGCAGAUAUCUUUGCAAUCUCCUUGUUGACAUGUAUGGGCGGUGUGGGAAUCUCGAAGAAGCUUGUUUUGUUGUCUCCAACAUGCCGGAUCCGAAUGUUUUUACUUGGAACAUUGUCCUUGCAGCAGUUGCCCGGAAUGGGUUUGUUUUGGAAGCGGUUUUGAUAUUUGAAACCCUGCCGGAAAAGAACAUUGUCACCUGGAACAUCAUGGUACAGGCAUUUGCGAGAAGCAGAAAUCUGCAAGAAGCUAGAACUUAUUUUGAGAAGAUGGAGGAGAGAGACCAAGUUUCUUGGAACUUCAUGAUCUUUGCAUAUGCCCAGAAAGGAGAUAUUUGCGAAUCGAGAAAGUUGUUUGAUCUAAACCCGUGCAAGGAUGUUGUCUCGUGGAACACCAUGAUCACAGCAUAUGCAAAGAACGGGGAUAUUUUAGAAGCUCGAAAAGUUUUUGAUGAGAUGCCAGUAAAAGACACAGUCUCGUGGACGGCAAUGUUUACUGCUUACGCGGAGAAAGGUGAUUUGGAUCAAGCAAGGCUGUUGUUCGACUCCAUGCCAAAUCGAAACACCAUGGCUUGGAACUCGAUCAUUGGAGCCUACGUUCAUCACAAAAAGCUGGAGCAAGCACAAGAUCUUUUUGACAAAAUGCCAAAGCCGGAUGUAACUUCAUGGAACACUAUGAUCACAGCUUAUGCCCAAAGUGGUGGCCUCGUCAAGGCAAGAAAGAUUUUUGACGAAAUGCCUCGGAGAGAUUCCGUUUCUUGGAAUGCAAUGCUAGCCGGGUAUGUCCAGCACGGGCUCGUCAAAGAGGCAAGUCUCUUCUUUGAGAAAAAUCCCAUUCGUGACGAAGCAUCAUGGAACACUAUGCUUGGAGCGUAUGCCCAACAAGAAGAUAUAAAGGCGGUGGAAAGGUUCUUCAAUAAAAUGCCCAAGAAAGAUGUGAUCUCAUGGACGACAAUGGUGGGAGCAUACGCUCAAAGUGGCGAUUUAGAUCAAGCCAAAGAAACGUUUGAUUCAAUGCCACAAAGAAAUAACAUGUCCUGGAACACGCUCAUUGCCGGUUAUGCUGAGCGUGGCGACUUGGAAAUGGCUGGAAGUGUGUUUUCCGCAAUGCCUUCCAAAGACACAGUAUCUUGGACGGUGAUGGUCGUGGCCUACGCUCAAAGUGACCGGCUUGUGGAAGCUAGAGCCAUGUUUGAUAAAAUGCCCCACCAGGACGUGGUUGCAUGGACGAGCAUGGUGACGGCCUACGCCCAAAGCGGGGAUCUAGUUGAAGCCCGGCACUUAUUUGAUAGGAUGCUCGAGAGAGACGUGGUGUCUUGGAACGCGAUGAUCGAAGCUUAUGCUCGGCGUGAUCAACAAAAGGAAUCAAUGAGGCUCUUCGCAACAAUGGACUUGGAAGGGUUUCGAGCAAACCAGCAAACUUUCCUCGCAAUCCUUGAAGCUUGCACGACUCUCUCCGUGCUGGAAGAGGGCACCUUGAUCCACGGAGAGAUGAUCCAAGCCAGGCUCGAGGCUGGAACUCUGGCUGGAAACUCGAUCAUCAACAUGUAUGGCAAGUGUGGAAAUUUGGAUGCAGUGCUCGAAAUGUUUGAGAAGAUGGCUGGAGAUCGAGACCUUGUUACUUGGAACACCAUGCUUUCGGCAUUUGCCCAGGCUGGGUGGAACAAGGAAGCCCUUGAUUUCUUUGGAAAGAUGGACAUAGAGGGCAUCCAUCCGGACGAAGUCACUUUUAUGAGCAUUCUCUCUUCGUGUAGUGCGGUGGGAUUACUGAAAACUGGAAUCAAUCACUUCGUUUCUAUAUGUGGUGACUACCACCUUUUCCCUAUCUUGGACCACUAUGUGUGCAUGGUUGACCUCCUUGGACGGAGUGGACGUCUUGAGGAGGCGGAGGACUUGGUCAACUAUAUGCCAUACGAGGCAGAUAGUACGGCGUGGUCAACUCUACUCGGUGCAUGUAAAAUGCAUCGGGACACGGUCAGAGCAGCCCGAGUGUUUGAGAUGGGCAGUCAUUUAAUCAAAGAAGAGCAGUCAGCUCCAUAUGUAUUGAUGUCUAACACAAUUUUGUCGAUGUCAAAUUAGACAUUCAGCUGAAAAUGAUGCUUUCUCUUUUACUUUUAAAAGUAAAUACACAAAUAAAA